CAAACAUUCCACCUAGAUGACGCUGUUCAUCUUUUGCUACGCGCUCGGUCUCGGCAUCAUUCCCUGGCUCGUACAAUCCGAGGUCUUUCCUACCAAGUUCAGGAGUAUCGGCGGAGGUCUGGCUACUGCGACCAAUUGGUGCGCCAAUCUGAUCGUAGCGGCUACGUACCUUGAUCUAGUCAAAGCCAUCUCUGCCGCCGGCACAUUCUGGAUCUACUCGACCGUCGCUGCAGCAUCUUGGCUUUUCACCUGGUUCAUGUUGCCCGAGAUGGCAGGAGUUGAUCUGUCAGACGCAGAUCGUGGAAACUUGUUCGGCUCCCAGCACAUUCGGCCCUAUGCCCCAUCCUCCUCCUCCUCACCCUACGAGCCUCUUCCCGCGGAAGAUUUCGAAGCUGGCUCGGAUGUCGAUGCGGCCGACGAAGCUCGACGAGCCUCGCCAACUUCUCGGCCGUCGCGAUAAAUGUGAAUUUGGAAAAUGCGAAAGUG